AUGAGCCGGCCAGAACUGCUCGCCGUCCUGCUCCUGGCCGUGCCGGCCGUCUCCCUUCCUGUGACAAAUGACAUGAAUAAAGGCGACACUAAGGUGAUGAAGUGCAUUGUAGAGGUCAUCUCUGAUACUUUAUCUAAGCCAAACCCCCUGCCGAUCAGUGAGGAAUGCCUAGAAACUCUCCGAGGAGAUGAGCGAAUUAUUUCUAUCCUUCGCCACCAAAAUUUAUUGAAGGAACUUCAGGAAAUUGCUGCACAAGGUGCCAAUGAGAGAACUCAGCAGCAGAAGAAAAAUAGCGGCUUUGAAGAUGAACUUUCCGAAGUCCUUGAAAGUCAGAACAACAAGAACAAGCAGAGAGAUGCUGCAGAGGAGCACCCUGAAGAUGAGCAGCCCACAGGGUCCCUAGCUGAGCUGGCAGCAGAGAAGGCCCAGCAAAAUGAAGACUCAAGAGAGGAGAAAAAAAGCCUGGAGGAGAGGGAACCCAGGCCAUGGGAUACCAACCCUGUUGAGAAAGAGGACCGGGAGGAAGCUCAGAGCAAUGACAUCAGGGAUACAGAGGACACCCAUCGAAACAAAGUUUUGGACAACCACAUUGGCAAAAAUUUCAGUGAGGAUGAGCAGCAGCAAGGGGAUGAAGAGGAAGAGCUCAGAGGCUCCAGGGACAGCCUGGAGCUUGAGGAUGAGGGAGAAGAGCCAUCCAGGCAGGGUCAGAAGCACAGCAAGGAGGUAGCAGGGGAGCGUGUGGAGCGGGAGGAUGAUGGAGAUGAAGCUGCAGAGGAGGACCCUACUGAAGCAGAGAGGUCACUCGAUUUGGCUGAGGAGGACGAGGAGGCUGAGGAGAUGCAGGGAGGUGACAAUAACGAUGAUGAGCUGGGAUUUGGAAAAGAUGUGCAGAGCUCUGAAGAGGAGGAGGAAGAGGAGGAGGAAGAGCAGCCCCGGGCACUGAGAGGAGGAAGGCAUCGCCUGGAGGAUGAGGAGAUGCAGGGAGAAGAGGACACCUUUCAGCCCAGGGAUGCCAAAAGUGAUGAGAUGGAGGAGGAGUCCUCCAGGGAGUGGGAAGACACCAAGAGGUGGAACAAAAUGGAUGAGCUGGCCAAGCAGCUGACAUCAAAGAAGCGCACGGAGGAAAAUGAUAGUGAGGAAGACCCAGACAGGUCCAUGAAAAAGACAUUUAGGUCCCGCAAGUAUGCCCUCAGUAGUCCAGAGGAAGAUGUGAGAAGGUCAUGGAAGCAUCACUCAAAGGAAGACAGCAGUGAAGGAGGCUUUCCACUUGCUCCCAUGCCUGAAGAAAAGAAGGAUGAGGAAGGCAGUGCUAACAGGAGAACAGAGGACCAGGAGCUGGAGAGCCUGGCCGCCAUCGAGGCCGAGCUGGAGCGCGUCGCCCACAAGCUGCACGAGCUGAGGCGAGGCUGA